CGCCCGUGCCGGCGGCGUGGGCCCCCCUGUCCCCGCAGAGGGCGCGGAGCCCCCCGCGGCGGGCGAGGAGCGGGCGGUGACGGCGCCGCUGGUGGGGCCCCCCGGCCCCCCCAAAGCGGCCGCCCCCGAGCGGGAGACGUGGACGCGGCAGAUGGACUUCAUCAUGUCCUGCGUGGGCUUCGCCGUGGGGCUGGGCAACGUCUGGCGCUUCCCCUACCUGUGCUACAAGAACGGCGGAGGCGUCUUCCUCAUCCCCUACCUGCUCAUCGUCUUCGUGGGCGGCAUCCCUGUCUUCUUCCUGGAGGUGGCCCUGGGACAGUUCAUGAAGCAGGGGGGCAUCGCCGCCUGGAACAUCGCCCCCCUCUUCAAAGGUCUGGGCUUGGCCUCCAUGGUGAUCGUCUUCUUCUGCAACUCCUACUACAUCAUGAUCCUGGUCUGGGGGCUCUUCUACCUGGUGCACUCGCUGACCGACACGCUGCCCUGGGCCACCUGCGGCCACGCCUGGAACACGGAGCAGUGCGCCGAGUUCUUCCACCUGGAGCUGUGCCGGAACGCCAGCACCAACGCCAGCGCCGCCGCCGCCGCCGGGGCCCUCAACUUCAGCUGCACCGACCUGGCCAACAAGCGCUCGCCCGUCAUCGAGUUCUGGGAGAACAAAGUGCUGCGGCUCUCGGGGGACCUCAGCGAGCCGGGGGAGAUGAACUGGCAGAUGAUUCUCUGCCUGGUCACCACCUGGGUCGUCGUCUACUUCUGCAUCUGGAAGGGCGUCAAGUCGACGGGGAAGAUCGUCUACUUCACGGCGCUCUUCCCCUACGUGGUCCUCAUCCUGCUGCUGGUCCACGGCGUGACGCUGCCCGGGGCGCUGGGCGGCAUCGUCUACUACCUGAAACCCGACUGGUCCAAGCUGGCCGAGGCGCAGGUCUGGAUCGACGCCGGCACCCAGAUCUUCUUCUCCUACGCCAUCGGGCUGGGCGCCCUGACCGCGCUGGGCAGCUACAACCGCUUCCACAACAACUGCUACAGGGACGCCUACAUCCUGGCCGUCAUCAACAGCUCCACCAGCUUCUUCGCCGGCUUCGUCGUGUUCUCCGUGCUGGGCUUCAUGGCCUCGGAGCAAGGCGUGGAUAUCUCCAAGGUGGCCGAGUCCGGCCCUGGGCUGGCCUUCAUCGCCUACCCCAAAGCCGUGACGCUGAUGCCCUUGUCCCCGCUGUGGGCCACGCUCUUCUUCUUCAUGCUCCUGGUGCUGGGGCUGGACAGCCAGUUUGUCGGUGUGGAGGGUUUCAUCACGGGCAUCCUGGACCUGUUCCCCCAGCCGGGGGCCGGCUCGCUGCGCCGCGAGCUCACCGCCGCGCUCUGCUGCAUCGUCUGCUGCCUCAUCGACCUCUCCAUGGUGACACAGGGUGGCAUGUACGUGUUCCAGCUCUUUGACUACUACUCGGCCAGCGGGAUCACGCUGCUGUGGCAGGCCUUCUGGGAGUGCGUGGUCAUCGCCUGGGUCUACGGCGCCGACCGCUUCAUGGACGACGUGGCCCGCAUGAUCGGCUACCGGCCCCUGCCCUUCAUGAAGUGGUGCUGGGCCGUGGUGACGCCGCUGGUCUGCGUGGGCAUCUUCGUGUUCCACGUGGUGAACUACAAGCCACUGACGUACAACAAGACGUACGUGUACCCGUGGUGGGGCGACGCCAUCGGCUGGGUCCUGGCACUGUCCUCCAUGCUCUGCAUCCCCUGCACCGUCCUCUACAAGCUCCUGCGCUGCAAAGGCUCCCUGCGCGAGCGCUGGCAGCUCCUGACCACGCCGAUCUGGGGCCACCACCACCUGGAGUACCUGACGCCCGAGGCCGAAGCCAAGCUCCUGGCCCCGGAGCCCCCCAAGGAGAAGGCGACGCUCUUCGAGACUGUGAUCUGAGCGUGGGGAGGGUCGCGCUGCUCCCGCCUGCCAUAGCAAUAAUGCCAGCACCGCCUCCCACCCUCGCUGCCCCGCGCCCGGGCCCCCUCCCCGCCGCGGGGCCGGGGCUCCUCGGGGACACGGGGCCGGGGCGGCCGCGGGGGUCCCCGACAGAGGGGGCGUGCGGCACCGGGGGAGGGGGUGGCUUGGGGAGGGUUGGGGAGGGUGGGGGGGGGAAGCGAGCGGGACAGCCCCUCCCCGGUGUCCGUCCCCACGUCCCGGCCCACCCCCGUUCCGUCCCGGCCCCCCCAGCCGGUGGCACCUUGCUCACUAACCGCUUCUGUAGCGUUUGUCUGGUGUAACCCCGACCGCCCCGACAUCUGGCAAUAAACUGGGAGACCCUGGCA